CAUUCCCAUUUAAAACUUAAAAGCCCCUUCCUUUCCACUUCUCUUUUAUCUGUUUUCGCUUUUCUAAUUCCUCUGCAAACUUUCUUUCACUCUCUCUCUCUCUUUCUUUCACUUUCCUGCACUUUCUCCUUAGUUUCACUUGCUGGGUUGAUUCUCCACCUUCAAACAGAAAAAGAUCAUAUCUUUAUUCCCUGUUUUUCCAGCUUUAUAGCUAAGCCACUUUAUUCCUUAUUCCCUAUCCCUUCCCUCCCUUAAAUUGCUCGAAAGGUGGGUGUUGGUUUUCGAUCCAAGAAAAAAAAAUGGGCUACUCAGAGAAGACUCAAGUGGGUGGGUUGGAAAUGGAAGAUAAAAAGUGGGUUAUAGCUGGGAUUCCAUUACGAGCUCCAUUGAAGCAGAUAUAUACGAAUCCAAUGGAGACAGAUAGGGAGAGCGAGGAGUGUUCGACGACCACAACUCCUACUGGAGAAGAAACAAGAAUUCCGUCUAGAUUGGGUUGUCCUCCUCCACCACCAAGAAAAAGAAAGCCUUCUCUGAAAUGUAAUUAUGGUGUUAGGGAGUUCUUCACUCCUCCUGAUUUGGAAACUGUUUUCAUGCGCCGCACUUGUUGAAAUGGCUCUAAUUGAUCCAUCGAUUUCACUUCUAAUAUGUCCUGUGAUUCACUCUUGUAUUCAUCUUCUUUGUCAUUAAUUUGCAAACUAAUCAUGGAGUAGUGUAUGAUACUAGAUAGUUUUAGCUUGA